CGAAAAUUAAAAAUCUUAGGAAUAAAAUGACUCUGGAAAUGCGUAAUUAUUUUUAUCCGUCAUUUCCAUCAUGGGCUCAUUUUCAAUUAAAAUUCUUUAAGAAACUGGCAAGGGGUUCCCGUAGAAAUUCAAUUUCUCCAUUCUUUUUUCAUAUCAUUAGGUACAAAGCGCCUGAUUUGGAUAUUCAGUUCUAUUUCCAAAAAAAUUUAAGCCACUAACAACAAACUAAUUAACAAUUGUUGUGAGUUUUAUAAUUUUUGCCAGCUUUGAAUUUAACUCUCAUCUAGUGUAGGGUGUUGACAGCUAAACUGUUCUGCUUAAACACAAGAAUAUUAAUUCCUUUCGCAGUUGAGUCAGUAGACGACAUUUUGGCUAGACGUACAAAUUUCCUCCUCGUGGUCUUUGCCGCAAAAUCUAGCUCAGGUCUGUGAUUCGGGAGAAUCGCUUUUGUUCGGUUUUCCUUCAACCGCCCGUUAUUGUGUUCCUCUAGUUUGUUCUUGCAAGAUCUUGAUGUGUUAAGCUUUAGACUGCUGUUUUGAUAGGAAAAGUCGCCGGUAAUCGAUGCGAAAGAUGAAGAUUUGAAAGCUUUUAGUCCAUAGGUCAAAGUCGGUUUUUGAUUGGUUAAUAGUGCGGUCCAUUGUAUUUAAAUAUUGAUUUACGAUGUAAAACAAACCUUGGGGCCUUAAUAAAUUAACUAGAGUACUUCUGGAGCCUGUACCGUAAUCUAGUAUAUAUUCUGCACGCUCAGAUGUCAUUUAAGGGUGUAAUUUAAUCGAUGGUAUAAUUCAGGCUCUGGAAGCGAUAACCCUCUUCUUAAAACAACGGCAGAAAGGCCAGCAAUCGGCCAUGUUAUGUUUCAAAUGCAAAUGUGUUUAAAUUACAUGGAGACUCGGCCAAACAGGUGGCCAGCCAGCGCGAGUGAUGAUGAAUGUAACCUAUGCGUUGUGAGUUGAGCCGAGCGGCACUUUCAUUUCAAGUGAUUUUUUUGAUUGAGAAAAUGGCCGUGCACAGCUGAGAUAUCCGCUCCAUGCAGACGGACCAAACUCGAACGAUGCUCGAGCCAGGACUGGGAAUUGCGCGGGCGAAAUCCGAGUCCAACUUCGAAGACUCGUUGCCAGCGCGCGUCCUAGCGAAGGACCGGGUUAUUAUCAACGUAGGCGGCUAUCGCCACGAAACGUACUUAAGCACGCUUAGGGUUGUACCGGAUUCAAGGCUAGCCUGGAUCGCGGAAAAUGCUUCUAAACAAGCCGAGUACGAUCCGGAAAACAACGAGUACUUUUUUGACCGCCACCCUGGGGUCUUCGCCAGCAUUAUCAAUUACUAUCGGACCGGCAAACUUCAUACUCCUAGUGAUGUGUGCGGACCACUGUUUGAGGAAGAGCUGGCGUUUUGGGGGAUAGACGAGCUUCAAAUGGAGCCGUGUUGCUGGAGUAAUUAUACCCAGCAUCGAGAUGCACAAGCGACACUGAAGGCAUUCGAAGGAUUGCAAAAAAGCGUCGAGGAAUCUGAAAAUGAAGCCAGCGCGUUCAAAGUUCGACACAAGGAAUCUUCAAGAACGAAAUGGAAGAAAGAAAUUUGGGCCAUGUUGGAGCAGCCAUAUUCUUCAAAAUACGCGCAGAUGUUUGCUAUGGUGUCAUUGAUUGUCAUAGUCUUAUCAGUGCUCACAUUUUGCCUGGAAUCAAUUGAAGACCUGAGUGAGGACUACAAGUCUUUGUUCGAAGGCAUGGAAUAUUUCUACCUGGUGUGGUUUUCAGCCGACUUUCUGGCCAGGCUUUGCACAUGCCCUUCACUGCCCGAAUUUUUUAAAACAUUUAUGACAUGGGUCGACAUAACAUCAGUGGUUCCCCUUUACGUCAACUUGUCAAAUACAGUGACAGGCACUCUAACCUUUCUGUUCGUUCUCCGACUGAUCAGGAUUUUCCGGUUAUUCAGGUUUUUCCGGACCAUGAGUGGCAUGCAAGUGAUUGGACAUACCUUGAGAGCCAGUGCACGGGAGUUAUUUCUCCUGGUCCUUAUCCUCUUGAUUCCCAUGGUCAUUUUCUCGACGUUGGUUUUCUACGCAGAAAAGACUCUAAAGCCACCAUCGGAUUCAGAUUUUGACAGCAUCCCAGAAGCCUUUUGGUGGGCUGUAAUCACCAUGACGACAGUAGGCUAUGGUGAUACGUAUCCUAAGUCCCUUCUUGGAAGGAUUCUUGGCGCAAUUUGCGCAUGCGUAGGGGUGCUCAUCGUAGCACUUCCUGUGUCUGUGAUUGGCAGCAACUUCACUUUGUUUUAUUCUCAUGCGCAAGCGCAGUUGAAACUGCCUAAAAAGAAGCGCACGCCGAUUUUACUUGGUGCUGCAGGCGCUCUCGUGUCAGAGUCGACUUUGUACAACAACGAAGGAAACUCGGACAGUUCAGAGGCAGUCAGUAAUCCGAGUCCACGCGACGAAACCUUGCCUCUGCCGCGAAAGAGUCUUCGGAAUCCGUCGAUAACUCCUCGCUGUCGCUCGACUCGUAGGGAAGCGGUGCUGCCACCCUCCACUUUGCCUCGGCUAGAGUCGGACACCUCCGAUGUGGAACAUGCUUCCAAUGUGAAGAAGAGCGCAGAGGAGUUAUUUUCGUCUCCACCUACGGACAGUGCAAUGGACAUAUCCAGUGGCCUCCGAGGAGCCAGUGACGUCAUGUUGCAUAUAACGGCUCCCUCGCACCGCCGAAUGGCAAUUUCUCCCGCACCCACCCCUCCGGGAAAGAGACAGAGUCAGCGCAAGAGGAGGCGAGGCGGAAGUAAACGUCUAGCUAACCGUGGAAACGGCGAUGUAUCGUCACACGAGAAAGAGAGAGACAGUUAUUAUACGACAACCGACGGGGAUAGCGCGGGGGAGAGUGGAAUCCCUGGGAAAUCUCAAAGUGAAACCUCGCCACAGGAAGGAUACGGUGGAACGCACGAAUCGUCAAAUGAAUCAAACACAUCAGAACACAAAAAUAACGAGGGUAGAAGAGCUGUCCUUUCGGACGAAAAAACGGAAGAUGAAAUGCGGCCGCUGCGUGACCCUGGUGACGGCCGUGACUCCGGUCACGCUCAUGUUAAUUUACGAGGAGUAACGUUUGACUCUAGCAAAGACUACAAUGACGAUGAAAAGGAACAAGAAAGACAAGACAAUAAAAUAGAACCUGCACCGCCGUGGAGAUCAUCAGAAAACUUAAACGAAGAGAAAAAUCCAAACAAACUUUCGGCUGAGCCUCGGGUUCGGUCUAGAAGCGAACUCGCGUCCAGUGACACUCCGCCAGGCAAGAGACGAAACGCGAUUGGCGGAAACAGAGGUAUUACGUCAUUGCCAAUAUCGCCUCUGGUGAGAUCGGAAGAAAAGGUACACAGGCCACCAGCAAAUGGAUCUUUUGAUGAUUUAAAGGGUAGAAAAUGUAUAGACAGUGCAAGGAAUUCGCAAUAUGCAGAUAACAAUUCUCCCCAAGAAUUGAAACAUUUGCAGCAUUCUACGCCUUCACAGAGCAAUAACGUGUUGGAAUCUGAAGGCAGGGAUGAUAUGCUUAGGUCGGCAAUUAGAGGACAUAAAAGAGACAACAUUCAAAAUAUGACCCGUGUAUGAUCCUAGCUCGGACACACAAGGAGAAGAGAGGUGGUGGGAGAGGUGUCUGAUGAAUGGCAGACCCAUUUCAUCGCCCGUUCUAUAUAGAGAUCACUUCUUUUUUAAUAUAAAGAAAUACCCGGACACAUUGUGCAAUGUUUGAAUUAUGCCUUCCUGAAAUUGCCCCAAAACCCUUCUAAGAAAAAUUCCGCGCAAAGUUUCAGCUAUAGAGCGGUUUUUCACCUGACUUCAUAGCAACAAUAAUGGUGUUUCAAAACAAUGCAACAGGGGCCUUGUUGGCGUACCAAACUAAUCCUGUGGAAGUUGAACUCUUUUCUUAGGUGAACACUUCUUUUGUUCCAAUAAAUGUGCAUGUGUCCUGGCCACGUGAGUGAAAACGCUCUAUUGAUUGAUGUGCGUAACAAUUUUGACGCGAGUCAAUCGUUGCAACAUUCACGUGGAUUCUGAGGCAGUGUCAAAAAUAUCAGCAAUGUUCUGCCCACUUAUCAAAGCAAGACGACUGUUUGCCACCUUUUUAAGAGCAAACAUUCUAAUUGUCUGCAGAACAUUUUCUCGGCUGCUUGAUCCAGCUACCAUCGCAAUUUUGGCUUUGUAAUAUUGCACGCCGCGCGUGGGCAACGUGCCAAAUGCUGCCCUGUGAGGCACUUGCAUAAUUUUGCAGUGUCUGGGCAUGGUUAAUGGCAUGGUUUGCUUCUUUGAUGUUUACCGGGCUUCUUAGCCAUUUUCCUCUAGGUACUAUGGUCUGGACCAUUUGCUAUUAAACCGAUGUUACUUUUUUCUAUUUCUGAAGAUAAAUUUUGAAUCUGGGUUAUGUUAUACUGCUAUACAAAGGAAAUUUAAUUUAAUGCGACCAUGAAAGAUAGUAAAUUUUAAGCUCCGUGAAUGUCAGGAACGUGGGACAAAUAGUAAUAAGAGCCCGUCAGUUGUACAAGUUUUACCUUUGUUCCACAUUCGUGCCAUGAUGAGACAAUAAAUAAAACAAAUAAAUAAAUUCGUAUCGUUACAUUUACCUUUCACUCUCCCAGCCGCCUCUCCAUGUAGUUGGUAAUGUAUAUAUAUGUGUGAGGCUGAGGAUAAAAACUACAAUUUUCUAAGUUCAAAACUUUUCAAGAGAGAUAACUAGGUUCGAGUAGAAACAUUUCCAUGCUAAUGACGCAGCCUUACAGAGAUGCGAGACUCCAUCUGAUUGGCUGUUACCUGCGCGGGAAAAUUCAAAACCAAGAAACAGCCAAUCACAGACGCUACACGGAAGUUUAAGCACCAGUCACUCUAACUAGGCUAAGUUAAAAAUUAUCAUCGAGGCAUGGUAGCAGCUUUUAUAAUACAAUUUGAUGUUUUUGGCGGAAAAGAGAGUUAGCUAAGAAUGUUCACAACCAUUGGACAUCUGACAAAAAUAUCCAGUGUGCCUCU